UGAUAGGGCUGAGCAGAGGUUUCCCAUUGCAGGGGCCCGCGGGAGCGGUCCCUUUAAGAAGCGGCCUCGCCUUUGGGGCCGUGUGUCUUUAAAAGGCCGUCUCCUGGCGCCCGGCUCUCGGGGCAGGCGAUGGCCAUUGUCUCGCCCCGGGCUUCCCUCGCUCCGAGUCGUGCAGCCGCGCGGGUGAAAAGGGAAAGGCAAGAUGGCUGAGAUGGGCAAGGGAGUCACGGCGGGGAAAAUCGCCAGCAACAUGCAGAAGAAACUCACCCGCGCCCAGGAGAAGGUCUUACAGAAGCUCGGCAAAGCGGACGAAACGAAAGACGAGCAGUUUGAGCAGUGCGUGCAGAACUUCAACAAACAGCUGGCAGAAGGCAGCAAACUGCAGAAGGAUCUUCGAACUUACCUGGCUUCCGUAAAAGCAAUGCAUGAGGCCUCCAAGAAGCUGACGGAAUGCUUGCAGGAAGUGUAUGAGCCAGAAUGGCCUGGGAGAGAUGAUACCAACAAAAUAGUUGAGAACAAUGACCUGCUCUGGGUGGAUUUCCAUCAGAAGCUUGUGGAUCAGGCGCUUCUAACCAUGGACACUUACCUUGGCCAAUUCCCGGACAUCAAAUCUCGGAUCGCUAAGCGAGGGAGGAAGCUUGUGGAUUACGACAGCGCCAGACACCAUUUUGAAUCCCUACAAACCGCAAAGAAGAAAGACGAAACAAAAAUUGCCAAGCCUGUCUCGCUGCUUGAGAAAGCUGCGCCACAGUGGUGCCAAGGAAAACUACAAGCUCAUCUCGUUGCUCAAACUAAUCUGCUCCGAAAUCAGGCGGAAGAAGAGCUGGUGAAAGCUCAGAAGGUGUUUGAGGAGAUGAACCUCGAUCUGCAGGAGGAGCUGCCUUCACUAUGGAAUAGUCGUGUUGGUUUCUAUGUCAACACAUUCCAGAGUAUAGCAGGCCUAGAAGAGAACUUCCAUAAAGAAAUGAGCAAGUUGAACCAAAACCUCAACGAUGUCCUGAUGAACUUAGACAAGCAGUACUCGAGCAACGCCUUCCCCAUUAAAGCACAGCCAAGCGACAGUACUGUGAAAGCAAACAAAAGCCCUUCACCUCCACCCGACGGGUCCCCCAUCACCAGCCCCGAGAUCAAGACCGUCAACCAUGAGCUGGAACCGUCCUCAUUGGAAACACCCGGGGCUGGCAUCCCUAAGUCACCGUCUCAGUUGCGGAAAGGCCCUCCGGUGCCGCCACCUCCAAAGCACACCCCCUCCAAGGAGAUCAAGCACGAGAACAUCAUCAGUCUGUUUGACAAUUUUGUCCCCGAGAUAAGCGUGACCACCCCCUCGCAGUUUGAUGCCCCUGGGCCCUUCCAGGAGGGAGCCAGCCUGUUGGAUCUGGAUUUUGAUCCCAUUAAACUAGAUGCCAGCCCUGUGGGGAAGACACCCACACCUGCCACUCAGUCUUUACCUUGGGAUUUAUGGGAGCCUGAAAAGACUUCCUCGAGCAGCAUGCAGUCGGUGGAUCCGGGUCUUGCUGACAACCCUAGUGAUAGCACAUUUGCUGUGGACUGGCCCAGCCAGUCCACAGAGACCCAGCCAACCCAACCAGCAGAAACCGCUCCUGCCAGUGCCGAGCCAGCUGGGACGGAAGCACCUCCUGCUAGCGCUGAAGCAGCUGGGACAGAAGCCACAGCUGGAGCUGAAGCACCUAAAAUGGAAACUGACUCAGGAUCUGCUCCUAGUUCCCUGCCUGCUGUCGUCGUGGAGACGUUCCCAGCCACCGUCAAUGGCACCGAGGAGGGCAGCGCCCCCUCCGAAAGGGCCGACAUGCCCCCGGGCUUCCUGUUUAAGGUUCAGGCCAUGCAUGACUAUGUGGCCACGGACAGUGACGAGCUGCCGCUGAAGGCUGGGGACGUGGUGCUGGUGAUUCCGUUCGACAACCCAGAUGAGCAGGAUGAAGGAUGGCUGAUGGGCGUGAAAGAGGCUGACUGGCUCCAGCAUAAGGAACUUGAUCAAAGUCGGGGGGUUUUCCCGGAGAAUUUCACAGAGCGGGUGCAGUGAGAGCCCAGAGCUGCCAGCUGAUUUUUCUGCCAGAAGAAAGCAAGUUUUCCAGGAGGUGUUUUAAAAACAAAAGAAAAGAGAAUUUUAAAGGAACAUAAGUCCCAAAAUAGUGUCAACUUAAAGGUUGGAUUCUUCUUAAAGAGCAAGGUUUUAGCAGUAAAAUGAAUUCAAAAGUGUUAUUAAAAUAUAUACAUAAUAAUAAGACAGGUCAAAUGCCCCUUUCCCACUUUGAUUUGACAGCAUUUGAAUUCCGAGGCUGAUGCAGAAGUGGCUUGGUGUGGUACCUGUAAAUGCUGUGUUGGCUGAAUUUUGGGGAUUUCAGCCUGAUACUCGAAAAGGAAAGAGCUAAGGCCUAGAUCUUCAAAGGCUCCUAACUGUCACUGAAAUCAGUUGAAGUUAGAUCCUAAAUACCUUUAAGGAUCUGAGCCCAGCUGUCCCAUGGGUGGUUGGGUUCAGCUCUUUUGUGAUCUAAGUUGCUGGCGUGGCAUCCCUAAAGUUUCAGGCACUGCCCAUGUUACGACCUAUGAUAGGCCAAAUGUCCUGUUAUGCUGUUGAAAAGACAUAUUUAGUGUACAGUGUUCACCAAUAUGGUGUGUGUGUGUGUGUGUGGUGUUUUCUUCCUUUGAAGAUGUAACAUGAACUGUGAUUUUAUACAUUUAAAAGCAAACACAAAAAGUUAUCAGGAAGAGUACAUUUCGGAGUGAAAUGUGUGCAGCUAGGCUCGGUCCAAAAUUCCUCCAAACCUUGGAGCUGGACGAUCGCAGCAGCACACGCCGCCCCGGGAAAUGUUCUUGAGGGAAAAUUGGGAAACUGACGACAAAUUAAAAAGAAAAAAAAAAAUCUGAAACUUUGGAUUUGUUUAAACUAGUUGUGAAGAAAUAAUGAAAAAGCCUGUUAAAGCAGGAAAGUUUAGAUUCAUGUAGGCAGGGAUGGUCUUGAAAUCUGGCUGUUUAGAAAGUGCAGUUUUAAGGAAGAGGGUGGGGGGAAAAGAAAUGAGACAGAAUAUCUGAGGCAUACUACAGAGAAAACAACUCUGCUUUCUGUGUUUCCAAUUGUGUGGUUAUUGUCCCCCCCCUUUCUUGAAUUCUGCAUGUGAAGUAUCAUUAGACCUGCUUCCUCCAAUCCUGUGCUGGUGAACAAGUUGAAGUCAGAGAAAAGUGAACUGUUUGAAUACUUAUUUAAAAUUUCUGCAUGACUUUAUUAUAUUGGGAUGAGUUCGAAGACGUGGGACUAUUACAGCGUCGACGUGGGGACAGUACUCCCGGUCCUGAUACUGGCACCGACCUUUCCUACAAGUCUUUGCUCCUGUUCGGUUCUGGGAAUUUGAAAGUGCCCUGCAGCCUGCUUGCUUAAAAUAAAACAAAGUGGGUCUUACACUUCUCAAAGUCAACAGAUUAGAUUCCCCAUCCUAAAGUCCCAUGGAGGUACUUUAAAUGCUACUUGAAUGCUGAUGCAGCUGGCAAGCAGAUCUGAUCUUCUGUUUUUUUUAAGGUCACCCAUCUUCCCCCUGGCCCAAACUCCUCCUCCUUUUUGCCUUGACAGGGUUGGUAUAGGUGCAGCUACCUCCUACAUACUGGGACGCUGUAUGAAAUAACACUUUUCCUAACAUAAGCUGGCUUUAGCAGAGUAUGCAAAAAAUUCUGGCACAGUUAAACCUUCAAAAAAAAGCCCCUCUUUUCUGAUCUUGCAUGUAUGCUAUUGGGGCAAAAAAAACCCCUCUUGUAGGUCCCAAGUGUGUGUCCGUGUGUCUGUAUAUGUAUUAAAGUUAAUGGUCCACUAGUUAUCUCAGUGAUGCUGAUGUAAAGUCAGGAACACUAACGCCAAUGGAGUCACUCUGGAUUCACACCGGUGUAACUGAGAUCAGAAUCUGGUCCAUGUCCUCAGAUUCUCUCCAUAUUUUGCUAUCGUGUGUGUGUGUGUGUGUGUGUGUGUGUGUGAGAGAGAGAGAGAGAGAGAGAGAUUGGGUGUGGGGGGGACUUGCUGCAACUGAUACUUUUUAUCUUUUUCCUCCCCCAUUACAAAAACACAAGACUACUCAAGAAUAACUGCUCCCAGCACAGGAGUACUGGGAGCCAGCACUGUAGAAUAUUAUCCCAUUGUUUUAAUCAGAGGUGCCUUGAGCAUCUUAACUAGCACCCUGCCCUUUCAAAAUCUCUAUUUUUAUGUCUUUGUAAACCCAGUUGCUCCUUCGAAGAACAAUGUUAUGGGGAAAAAAUUAUAGAGAGAGAUCUAUAUAUAUAAAAAAGCGGGUUAACUUAGUUAACAGCAAGCUCUUGGCUUAAAUGUGCUUAUUUUUAUGCAGAACCCUGUGGAUUAUGGGUGUGUGUGUUUUUUUUUAAGAUAAGAUUAUAAGUACCAGAGCUAUAGUUUGUCUCCUAAGUAAUCGUUUUAUUAGUGACUAGCACCUUCGGAAGCUGUGCGGACUUCUAAUUUAUUGUAUGUUUUUUUUGUCAUCUGCUGUGUUUGAACCAGACAGCUGUUACAAAAGAAAUCCUGCUAAGGCCUUUUCAUUGUGUGGGGCUAACAAAGCAACCGUCCAGUACUGUAUUGUCCCUGCUGAAGCGAAACUGAACCUCUGCACAAAAGGGGAUGUAGCGUUCAGCUCUGAUGAAUUCUGUUCCAGUGGUACUCAAUGGGGAAAGUGCCUCUCCCUCUCUCUCCAUUUGCUCCUGAAGAAGUCCGCUCGGAGCAAACAGAGUGUACGACCUAGGCCCUAUGCCUCCUAGAUAGGUCUGGAUCCUGCAUUGCUCGCACAUACACAAACUCAGUGGGAGUCUUGAGGGCAUGAGGUCUCCAGGAUUAGACCCCUAUAUUGUAAACUUCCUGUGCAAAAAGCUCCUGCUUGUAUUGUAGCAGGCAGGCCUCAAGCCCCUGGGCCAAAAUCAGCCCUGGUGUAAGCAGGUGCCACUCAAUUUAUUUUACUGAAGAGACAUCUGGAUAGAUUUGAGCCUGUCAGGUGAAAAGAGCCCACAGUCCACACUGGCUUAGGAUGGAUCCCUGUAUAACAUGGGCCAAUAAAUCCCCCCCAAUGCACUGGCUGCUAGAAUGGGAACGUUUUAGGGACUACAUGUCAGAUGGCCCCAGAAAAGCUGCUAUUUCGCUGUCUGCGAAGCUGAGGUUGGAGCGUUUUACUGAAUCAACAAUAAAGCAUUUCUCUCCCCACCUCCACGUGGUUUUGUCGGAUUGGUUAGAAGGGAGCUCUUAUCUUUCCAACCGCAGUUGGUCCUAGUUAUGUGUGUUCCCCUCCAACUUGAGUGUAGCCACCUUGCCUUUGUCCCAGAGGGCAGCGGUCACACACUUGAUGAUGACAAAAUAAGGCAUCGUUCUCCUGUUUUUUCUUCUUGUCUCUUUAGCUGGGUCAGCAAUCUGAGUUUAUUACCUGGCAUUCAGCGUGUAGGAUGCUGCGACAAGCCAUAACCAGCUGUGGCUCCUAUGUGCUCUCUGCUUUUUCUCUUGGCUAAAUGCCCUGUGCAUUUCUUUACUGGGUAGGCCAUCUAGCAAAGAGAAAAGGCUCCUGCAGCCAGGGUUUCAAGCACACUGAGCCAGUCUGCCCUGAAGUUUUCCCUAGUGGAAACCAAGCACCCAUCACUCAACCUGGCUUUCCAAUUCGGAGCAGUGCCUUUUACCCAGGCUGUAAGUGGUGAUUUUCUUUCCUCUCCCAGUUCUCGAAGGGCCUAAGCCAAAGCCUGGGGAAGUCAAGGGACGUCUGGCCAUUGACUGGAGCUUUGGGUCAGGGCUCGAGUGUCUGUUGUCCUGUGCAGUAUCAGUUUAUAGGGUGGGUUUAGUUUCAGAACAUCCACUUGAAUGAUAAAGGCUCAAAUCUGAGGGGAAAGCGAGGGAGGUGGGAGAGGCCUAGAUCAUCCUUCAGUCAUUUCAGGUUGGUGUGGUGGUGGCCUCGGUCUCGGGAACAGGUCGCCCUGCUCAGGGCUAAGGAGGGGCAGGGUGAAUCGCUGUGAAGAUGCCUGAGAAUAAUAACAGUGCUGUAGUCUCUUGCGCAGGGCAGUGUGUUCAGAGCCUUUCCUCCGCUUGGUGCUCAGGGGCAUCGCACCCACUGGAGCGCGCUCUCUUUUCUUUGCAAACCAGCGGUCACCCCUCUGAGGCACUAACCUGGAUAUUUUAGGCACGCAACCAUCCAUCCUAGAAGGUGCCCAGGCGUCUUUUACAACAUGCUCCGCUCCUCCUGCCGUCAGGGGAGGCCUCGGCCUGUCAGCACCUUGCAGGCAGGACGCGCAGCAUUGGGGCCUCACACGCUCCAGCUUUUAACACAAAGCCUGGGGUGGGUGGUUACGGCGGCUCAUCCCUUCCACAACAGCCACGGCCAAACCCCAGUCCUUGCUGCAGAGCCCAUUAGGCGCUGAGCUCCAUUGAGCAGCCUGCCAGCCGCCUCUGCAAUCGCUUGCUUAUCGCAACGGGAGCCUGAGAGCUCCUGAGCACCCGCAUCUCUCAUCCGGGCAAUGGCAGGUGCGAGGCACCCCCUUGUGAAUUAUGCCAGAGUCAAAGCGAUGAAGCACAGGCUUAAGUCCCCUAUAAGUCAAAUGAAUCUUAGGCACUUGCUUAAGUACUUAGCUGAGCUGGGUCCUGCAGGCCAUAGUCCGCAUUGACCCAUUUCCUAGGCAUCACUGGAGCGACACUGGGGACAGAUUUGGCCCAUUGGAUGUAAAGUUCCCCUCCCUUUCUGUGUUAUGAAUGGCUCCCCUCCAGGCGUGACCAGGCAUUGGAGCAAAGGAAUGGAGAAGAGUGGAGGAAGCCACCCAUGGUCCCCUGCAGUGCAGCUGGGAACGCAGCAGGGUUGUACAUGCUUUCCCCCAGUGCAAAGGCCUCUCAUGCACAGAAGGGCCCACUGCCAGAGUCACACACUGUUUAGUGCUGGUCGCAGCCUAGUCGAUGCUGGGGAGUAACUAAGGAUCCCACCUAGCGGAGGCAGAAAGUUGCACUUGGCCCCUUCUGGCUUGUCUGCACGGGGGUUUGUAGCCACCAAUGGGGCCACGUCGGUGCAAACGCAGCCAGGCAGCAGCAGGUCAGCUGAGUCACAGUUCACAGGGCUGCACCCUAUCAGCAGGAGGGGUCUGUGCACCGGGGUAGCUACAGCGGCGGCUAAAAUCCCAGGCCUUUCCGGGCUAGCCCAGGGAGCAGCUGCAUUUGCUGCACAGAAUGGGGCAGGAAUGCAAGAGGGGCCCCUGACUCUGCUCAGGCCUAGGGAAUUACAGACCGGUGCCAGCCAUGGGGGGGAGGCGCUUCUUUUCCCAGUUGCUCCCAUGCACCUUCCCGUCAGCCUGGAGUGUGAAACUAGAAGACACCUGAGCUCCUCUCAUGUAGCGGGGCAAGAUGCAAUGCAAUCAGAUUAGACAGGCCAGAGAAACAGCAAGCUAUUGCUUAUUAGGGCUGGCUGGGGGAGGCCCUUUCUUGUACUGCAGGCCACACAUCCCAGAGAACAGAGGUUCUCAACCAGUGGUCCGGGGUCCCCUGGGGGGCCACAAGCAGGCUUCAGGGGGCCACCAAAAUAGACCAGAGAGCAAGGCCGGUGUUAGACUAGCGGAGGCCCAAGGCAAAAAGCUGAAGUCCGAGCCCUGCUGCCCGGGUCUGAAGCCAAAGCCUGAGGAAUUUAGUUUGGUGGGACCCCCUAGGCUUGGGGCCCCAGGCAGUUGCCCUGCUUGCUACCCCCUAACGCUGGCGCUGGCUUUCAAUCUACUGGAUGUGCUGAAAACCCGUUACUGUGGCACAGAGAGGCCGUGGAGUUUUUAUAGCAUGUUGGGGAGGCCUCAGAAAGAAAAUGGUUGAGAACCCCUGCCAUAGAGUAUUGUACACAUGGGGGGGGCGGGUGAGUACGCCUCACUCCGUCAGUCCUCUUGGAACAUAGACCGUUCCCGAGUAGCCAACACCGCCCCACAUUCUCUGGAGCGGGGAGGCAGAUUUUGACAAUGGGGAAGCCCAGUGGAAAUGCCGUGUGUGGCUCAGAGCCUUUAAAUGUAGCAUUUGACCCUUUCAAAGGUCUGAGUCUAUAUUCUACUGCUUGUGGGGGGUGGGGAACGGGCAGGGACACCCCAAUGGCUGAGAAAUUAUUUCUCAUUGUGAGCGGGGGAGUCUUAUUAAACAAUCAAACGGGGAAACUCCAGCUUUCAGACUGUUCUGUAUUGGCUUUGUAUUUUAACUUGUCUGCUGGCUAGAAGUCUUUCACCUGUUUUUCUAGCACAUGCUGCUAACCCUGUUUCCUAGUCCGUGCUUCAGUUAGGCGGCCAAUACUUGAGGCCUGCCACAUGCAGCCCUUGGUUUCAUUCGGCUUCUCUUUAACUGAGUCCUUUGCAAUGGCUUUGAUGCUGUGCUGGCAAACUUGUUUCCAUCUGGUCAGUCAGUCUCUGAGUUUAACCAUGGUGACCUGAGCGAUGUUUGGUUUUUUUGGGUGGUUUUUUUUUUUUUUUCCAAUUUUUAUUUUUGUCAUACAAACCUGAAUAAUUCCCACUGUAUUCAGAGCUGUGACUCCCGGUGCCAGUGACAUGUACUAGACGACUUUGUCCUGUUUGUUUCUUGGCAAUGUUCAGCAAAUACAAUUUUGUGUCAUCCUA